AACAAGACAUAAUGCAUUAAAAGCCUUACCAGAAAAAUCAAAGGCUAUAAAAACUAAUAAUCAAUAUGAAUUCAAUAUACAAAGAUAUGCUAUUGAUGCAUUUGGUUUAGAAAUAUUAGGGCAUCUGAUUAGAGAAAUCAAAGCAUUAUUUGCACGAGAAUUAAUAUCACCUGAGAUUAGUGAAGAUAAAGCUGAAUCUGAAGGAUCACAAAUUGCUAAUAAUAAACAAUCAACAUCAGAAGAAAUUUAUUAUGUUCCUUUUAUCCCUUGGCACAAUGAUGAG